AAGCAGCAACAUCGACGGACGGAACAUCGUCGAGGUGCGUGUUUUUGCUCCGUUGCCGUUGCUUGAGCCGGGUGGGUUUUUCUGCGCGUUUAAUCAGGCUGGCCACCACCCACCUAACCCAGCUUUUCCUCCCACCGAAUUACACCCCAACCCCCUUCACCAUCGCACAGCAUCGCAGUGAGUGCCGAAGUGUUUAAAGGACGAGAAGGCUGCUGAUCCCGAUCGCGUGCGAUUCGCUUCCUUUCGUGUGCCGCGUGUCCGUGUGUCCGUGUGUGUUUGUGUGUUGUGUGUGCGCGAGUAUUUGCCGAGUCGAAUCAGCGCGCAAAUCACUACCAACCCCCCCGACGACAACGACGACGACGACGACGACAACGAUGAAACACUAAUUCCCCGAAAGGGCCGCUCCUUUUCCCCCCCCCGGGGGACGAUCCUUCGUCGGUGCCGAGCUGGCUUCUCGAUCGAGCAUUUAAUCCUUAGCCACCGACCGGAACGCAACGUGAAUGCAACACGAGCAAGCGAGGUGCCGGCGCGUCCUGCUACUAACCAGUGUCGAACGUGAUGUUGGUCCUCGCGAACGGCGAUUGGUUCGAUGAGUCCUUCUACCAGUAACAUCCCUAUCGCGCGUAUGUGGCCGUCAGUGUGUUUCGUGUGUUUUUGAGGAGUGAAUUAAAGGGAAGGAAAGUUGGGAAGAGAGACCAGUGUGGAACCAGCACCGUGCCCGAAAUUAUGUGUCCAGAUUGUAGCCCAGUAUCAGCAUAACAUUUGAGGCCAGUGAGAAGAGUGUGUUUUUUUUUGUGUGCGCCCGAAAGUGAACAGUCGACGAAUUGUCGACGAGGACCUGAGCGAGAACCAGAACGAGGACGACGACGACUGCAAUACGGCGGGGUGCAUGUUGUUUAGCAUGGAUUUUCAGAGUGCAAUGGAAACCUUUGCUGAAGCUUGGGUCGCCGCCAGCACUGGAGAACAGACACAAGCACUCGCCCUAACCGCGCGUACUAAGUCCCCGAAAAAGGACUCCUCGGGGUCUGGGCCCGGUUCGCCAACCCAAGAAUCAUCCGGUAUGGCAAGCCCCAAGGUUGCAGCCACUGUUGCCACCGCCGCCAACACAUCAUCCAGUAGCUCGAGUUCGAGCAAUAACAGUUCGGCGGAACCACCACCGGCAUCAGCACCAGCACCUGGUGGGGCAUCCGGAAGUCACCUGAACGCCGAUCUUCCGCUUCAUCCGCAUCUCGCACCGACUUCCUCCUCCUCCUCCUCCGGUACCACCACCGGUGCAAGUUCCAACGGUGCGGCACCAGUUCAGCAUCCUGCCAUCAGUGUGUCCCAGUCGCUACUAGCGGCAGCUGCGGCGGCCGCCGCCAGUAACCGCUCCGGUACACCUCGGAUCACCGUGUCCACCUCCCUCGGUGCAUCGACGGUGGAUCGCGAGAAUGGUCCACUCGGAAAUGGUGGCGCACGGGACAGUUUGUCGGGGCGGGACUCGGGACUUGGGCUAGCGCCAACCAGCAACACCAACUCCUCCGCCGUCGUCAACCAGAACAGCAACAAUCCCUCCAAUGGACCCUCCGUGUCAAGCGUUGCCGAGCGCACGAUCCUACAGUCACCGGUGGCGGCAGUUGCUGCGGCCGCUGCGGCGAUGCAGGACCGAAAGCAGGACUUUGAUUUCAGCAAAGUGAACGCGAAAUCAUUGCCCCUUCACUGUGUGGUCGAGUCCGUCAGCUCACUGCAGACGACCCUUAACUUUGAUGCCCGAAGUCCCUGGAAGCGACGCCCGAACGUGGAAACGGACAGCUACGUCAUCAUUCCGGCGGCGACACCCUUUUGUGAUAUCGUCACGACCGCCCUCCAGCGGCUCGGUUACUCCAACGAGAUCUCCAACACUGCACGAGGUUCCAUUUCGAUCAAAAACUGGAAGUCCCUGUCACUGGACGCCAUCUCGGACAAUCCGCUCGUCUCGGUCAGCGACAUCCUCGGCGAGCUGACGUCGGUGGUGACGCUCAAGAUCACGAUCUUGCGCAGCAAACCGACCCAGUUGGCUGAAAUCAAGGACAAACUGCUGAAGCUGCUCAUCCUCCAAUCGCACGCACUGCUCCGCUCGACCGGUUGUCCCCUCGAUGAGAUAACACUCUCGCAGAUCUGCCGCAGUCCACUGCAGAACACAUUCCCAUUCGGUCCCGAGAUCAGCGAAGAAACGCGACGUAGCUUCGACCAGUGGUGGAGCAACCAGUUGGCUCCUCAGCCAAAUCCGAUCGCUCACAAGAUCCUACCGUUCGUCAAUCCGCAGCAACCGGGCGACCAUCUUGACUUCUCUAGUCAAGGCUUCUCGGCCAGUCUUCUUGGCCAGUCGAAGCGUGAUGUCGGGCUACUGGUUGGUGGUGCCGGUGGUGGUGGUGGUGGUGGUGGUAGUGGUGGUGUAGCAGACCACGUCGGUGGUGGUGCCGGAGUUGGGCUCGGUGUCGGUGCCGGUGGUCACCAUCUCGUAAGCCCGGGACACCAUCCACUCGUAGGCCAUCCGGCUCUUCAGACCAUUCCAUCACCUUACCCGAACCAGAAGACACGCAUGAGGACGAGUUUCGAUCCGGAGAUGGAGCUUCCGAAGCUCCAGCGCUGGUUCCAGGAGAAUCCACAUCCAUCGCGCCAACAAAUCCAACAGUACGUGGUGACGCUCAAUUCCCUGGAGUCACGGCGUGGCCGGAAGCCACUGGAUGUCAAUAAUGUUGUGUACUGGUUCAAGAAUGCCCGCGCGGCCCAGAAGCGAGCUGAGAUGCGGCAGGGCAUGACGAAUGGGUUCGGAACACCGGGCAUGAUGUCGCUGUCCCAGGCCGGGGACUACAUGAAGAGCUCACCGAGUGCACCGUCCGAGGAUAUUGAUGCGCUGUCGCAGGACGAGAUGGAUGAUGAGCUGGAGGAUCGACCGAUGUCACCGCAGCUUCCACUUUCGCUUACGAUCCACGAGCGGAAUCAUCCACUCACACCAACGACCGUUCUUGGGCAGACCCCGAUCAAACAGGAGCCUCAUUUGGGGACCGGUGGUGGUGGUGGUGGUGGUAGUGGUGGUGAUGGAUCCGUCAACAGUCCACCUCCUUCGCCACAUUCGAACUCGAACCACGGUGGAAGUCACUCGCAGGCACAGAACGCGGCCCAGAACAAUAAUGGAUCCGCCAACAAUUCGACGGUCAGUAACCACGGGACGGCCGGCGGAUUGUCUUCGAACCUGAACAACAACAAUAACAGUAACCAUGGUAACAACGAGUCAGGGAACAGUGAGUCCGGAACGGCACAAGACCGAAGUGGUGGUCCUAAAUCGAACUACUCGGGGGAAAGGAGCAAUUCCCCACAGCGUUCGUCCCGUUCGCCCGCUUCUGAGGAUCUCGAUAUGGAUGAGCCGGAUGUGAGCAAUCUGGAUGACUACCGGACAACACCAUCGCCCGAUUCUGGCAAGCGACAGUUGCCGUUCCCGAUGAACAAUCCAAUGUUGUCGCACUCGAUCAUGUACAUGUCGCACUACAUUCCGGCCAUGCAGGGAGCCGCUGGGAUGCACCUGAAGGGUGACUUCAAUCCGGCCGGUCCGCAUGCAGCGGCCGUACUGGGACAGGGUGGUCUCAAUCUUUCGUUCAACAGUGAUGAACGGCGGAAGAGGAACAGGACGUUUAUUGACCCGGUCACCGAGGUGCCGAAGCUGGAGCAGUGGUUCUCGAUGAAUACGCACCCUUCGCAUACGCACAUCCUCAAGUACACCGAGGAUCUGAACCGGAUGCCUUACCGCCAAAAGUUCCCACGACUCGAGAGCAAGAAUGUGCAGUUCUGGUUCAAGAAUCGUCGCGCCAAGUGCAAACGGCUGAAGAUGUCACUGUACGAUCCGGCCCAGCUGGCCAACCUGAGCGAGCAAGCGCACCUGGCCGCACUGCACGAUGCACCGCACCUGUCCGGGCUCCACGACGCUUCCCAGCUACCUUCAUUCCAUCAUGGCGACCGGGAUUAGAUCGUUGGGUAGCGGAUGUACUGUAGAAGACGUUGUCCGAUUCGAGCGAUCGCUCGAACGGUCGAUCGCCACUUCCUUCACUGAACCAAAGAGGGUAACAAAGGGAGCUCUCGCUGGAAGAGCAGAGGAGCUGGCCAACAACGAAACAGAGGCAUUAGAGUGCGAUACAGGAUAGUGUUAGGUCAUUCAGGAGCUACGGCAAGUCAGCUCGCGUUGCUGCUUUCCUUUAUCAACGAAACGACAGGACGUCACUCUCCCUCUCUUUCUCUCUCACUCCUGCUACCCAUUAGUUCCUCUUCCUUUUGUAUCCUUUUGUUCGAUUCAAGGGAGUUUUGGAGGGCUUCUCCAACAGAACUUUUGCAGUGACCAUCACAGUGGAUAUUGAAUCAAAGCUCCAGCAUGUGCCUCAUACUGAAGCCUUUUUUCGGGGGUCCAUUUUUCGGUCAACCAAAUGUGAAUCAGCUCGCAGCUGGUCAUCCAUUCUCAUCGCAUUACCACCAGUGCAGCAGGAUAAUGGGAUGGAAAUCAAAUGAUUUAAACACAAUAUAAUACCACCCAGUGUACUUGCAGUGUGGGUGCGUGCGUUUGACAGUGGAAAAUCAUAUCUCUCUAGCACCCCUCCUCCCCCUCCUCCAUGAUAAGCUGCAAGAACCGUCCAGUCCGUGGGUCGCGCUUCUUUGUAAAGCGUCGAUCGGACACAUCCGAAUCGGUUUCGGAAUUACUUCGCUCACGAGUAGUGGAAAAAUCAUCAUCCUUGGUAAUACCCACCGCUUCCUCCUUCCACCAACAACUCCUGGAUUCGGCGAAAAGCUUCCUGAAGUGACGCCAAUGCAGCAGCAGCAGCAGCAAAGACCAAACCUCGCGCCAACCAACCUGUUGCCUGUUGCCGGUGUGCACUGCUGCGCUCCGAGCUGCCUUUAUGCUCAUUUAUGAGUGAUGAACAGUUUGCAGCACCCAGCAUUUAGUGCCCACCCAACCACCCCAAACCCCGGAAAGCGCUUGGUUGCGAAGGGGGUUGAUAACGGGGCGGGGUUGGUUCGAUGAUGAUGGCGAUGGCGCUGGAUGGAAUUACGCUGCUAAUUAUAUUAUUAAAACAAAUGGAAUGAAAAACGACCCCCACCCCCGUCCCCGGGGUGGUGGUGGUGGGAGUGAAUCAGGUGGAAAAUCCUGCUAGCUCCCCUUUCGGGGGGAUGAAGCGUCAUCGGCCGGAAACGGCGUGCGGUGUGAUUGACAAUUUCAUGAAAGAGCGACUCAGCGGUACACCACCACCACCACUACUGCACUUGCUGGUCUAUAAAGCGAGAGAGCGAGAGAGAGGGAGUGAGAUUUUCCGGGUGAACUACAAAGCGACCCCUUCGUGCGCACUAACCCCCCAGUUGAAUUCCUCCCUUGGCACAACAAAAGCUCAACAGGCUCCGCGAACACACUCCCGCACGCACGCACGCAGACACACAGGCCCGGGGCAUAAUAUUUAUGAUUAUUUAUUAAUUAAUAGGCGGAAAAUGCACUUGUGUGGUGUGUGGGGAGUGAGAAGAGAGAGAGAGAGAGAGAGAACGGGCGCUCGAUGGUGCAUCCCCUUGAAGCGUUCAAUCAAAAAGCGGAUCCUUGCGGCGAUGCCAAUGAGGAUGCAUUUCGGGAGGAAGGAAGAGAGAGGAAAAGGGGUCCAAUCGACCGCUUAUUACAUUAGCGGUUUUUACCAAUUUUCGGAGUGAUUUUCCCGAACCAAUCGCGGGAGGGGAUCCCAAACCGGGUGUAUUGUUGUCGCACCAGUUUCCACCCCGGGUUGACCAUAAUGAGCGAUUCGAACGAGCGAACGAACGCUUUUGUGUUCAGUCGCUGGAGACCACUAAUGCCGCCGCAGAAAAUGUGGUACUGAAAGUGACAGAGAGAGAGAGGAAAGGGAGUGUGUCCAGUAGUUUGGUUUGUGGAAAAUUGGAAAAAUCUCUAAAACCACCCAACCAGCCGCUGUUGCUGUGGUUAGAGCGACCAGUUCGGUCUGUUGUGGUACGUCCCUUAGCAACACUUUAUAUUUGGGGUCUCUGGCUCUCGUUGUCCCGGUACCAGGAAUCGGGGGCCCCAAAUUGCACUUAACUAUUUUUCUUAAAACAUCGAAACCAACGACAGAUGACGGUAUUUAAUACCAAUCCUAAGGGCGCGUUGGCUAAUCAUUAGCUGGUACAGUUAGCAAACACAGAGAGAGAGAGAGAGAAAGAGAGAGAGAGAGAGAGAGAGAGAGAGUGCACGGAUCUCCCCUUUUUUCCGGUGCGCAGCCGGAUCCGUUCCAGGGUGUAAAGCGUUGUAGCCAUGUAAGAUAUCAAAUAUUUCGCAAAAAUCAAACGACGCAGUCCACGCGAAAACUAGUUACAGUAAAAAGAGAAAUAGGUGAAUAGGAGAGAAGCGAGGGCAUAUGCUAGUGAGUGAUGGUCAAACUUUACCCUUUGUACAUAGAUAUAUCUGUAUACAUAUACGAGAUAGUGUUAGCCAAUAGGAGAAGAAGGAAGCAGAUACAGAAGCAGAAGCAGAAGCGUUUCUAGUUCUAGUAGCGUAAGGGAACAUCGUACACUAGGCUAAGUAAAGGACAGUUUAAAUUAGAACAAUAAUAUUGCAAACACGACGGUAAAUGAUUUUACAUCGAGAUGUAGCACACACCCAGAACAGUUCACUUUACCCGAGCACACAUCCACACCGUACACCGUACACCUAGUGUCCCCCUACGAUCUGUCUCAUAAUGAGGGGUCAGCAUUCCCACGGCAUCAUUUUUAGAGAACUAGUGAAGUAGUGAAAGUGUACGGCGAUUAUACCGAUUAAAAUAAUAAAAUCCCCCAAACAAAACCAAGCUUAGUGUGUAAUCAAAAGGAGAAGUAGUAGCAGGAGAUUCGUAAUUCACUCGCAGGAAAAACCUUCAACAACCCCAGCAGCACCUAGCAGCAUCAACCCAGUUUUUUGCUCUCCCGAAAAAGACAAAAGUUGUAAACACAAAAAAUGAUAUAAAUAUACGCUAGAAAUCAACUCG